GGCAAAAGUAUUCCGUCUAGAGAAUCCCAGUUCGAGACCUGCCAAGCUGCUUUGUCCAAUCUCGGAGUUACCCGCGACUGCUCCCAAAUUCUGCCUCCGAGCGCUGGGCCUGGCUGAGGGAAACACCCCAUGCUGCCUGAGGCGUGAACCUGCCAUGGGGAAACACAUCUGAGAAGAUCUUGUGUCUGGCGGUGUCAGCGUGGAUUUCUCAGGCUAUACAGGGAUGGAGAAUCUUCAGCAGUGCUAAACGCAUUAUUGUCAACUUAUGAGAUGGCGUCUUCACAAAGGAAAGGGCUGCAAGCAAGGAUUCUCAGCUUUGAAGAAGAGGAGAAACUGAAAAGAGACCAAGCUUUGGUGUCUGAUUUUAAACAGCAAAAACUGGAAAAAGAAGCUCAGAAGAACUGGGACCUUUUUUACAAAAGAAAUAGUACUAAUUUCUUCAAAGAUAGACACUGGACCACCAGAGAGUUUGAGGAGCUAAGAUCGUGUAGGGAGUUUGAAGAUCAAAAAUUGACUGUGCUUGAAGCUGGCUGUGGGGUUGGGAACUGUUUAUUUCCGCUUUUAGAAGAAGAUCUGAAUAUUUUUGCCUAUGCCUGUGAUUUUUCUCCAAGAGCGGUUGAGUAUGUUAAGCAAAAUCCUUCAUAUAACACAGAAAGAUGCAAGGUAUUCCAGUGUGAUCUGACUAAAGACGACCUUCUGGAACAUGUACCCUCAGAGUCUGUGGAUGUUGUCAUGUUGAUAUUUGUGCUCUCAGCUAUUCACCCAGACAAGAUGCACCUUGUCUUACAAAAUGUUUACAAGGUAUUAAAACCAGGCAAAUGUGUCUUAUUUCGUGACUAUGGGCUGUAUGAUCAUGCUAUGCUCAGGUUUAAAGCCGGCAGCAAGCUUGGAGAAAACUUUUAUGUUAGACAAGAUGGAACCAGAUCCUAUUUUUUUACUGAUGAAUUCCUGGCUCAGCUCUUUAUGGACACGGGUUAUGAAGAAGUGGUAAACGAGUAUGUGUUUCGAGAGACUGUGAAUAAAAAAGAAGGUCUGUGUGUGCCCAGAGUUUUCCUUCAGAGCAAAUUCCGGAAGCCUCCAAAGAACUCAGCACCACCUCCCAUGACCCUGGCCCUGGGUCACAAGUCCUGAUCUUUCGCGAGGUGGACACUUGUGCUUCCCCUUGAAGAGAAAAGUUUAAAAUCAGUCUUUUUACUUUGUAUACUUUUAUAUUUUAAUGUUUUUAAAAAUAAGUAUAUAUAAUUUUUGUAUUAAAAAGUUGUGUGUUUGUGCAAAUAAAACCGCAAGGCCUAAAAAGUGAAGAAAGCUUUAUGGGAUAACAAUUUAGCCAUGUCAUUGGACUGUGAAAUUCCAUGAAGGAAAGAAUAAGGGCCCCGCAGGACUUGGAGGUCCCUGUCAUUGCUCAAUGACUCUGUAAGUGUGCCUUCACGCAGCGUGUCAGACAACCCUGUGAGAAAUGAGGCCAGAUGGACUAAGAUAGCACAUCCUGAUGGAUUUUUUACCCUGUAGGAUAAAAAUGUGCCCUUCUGUUUUUCCAGUGUCUCAUAUUUGCCCAUUUUCCUCCCCCUUCAUUUCAUUUAUGUACCUCUUCAAGACCAGUGUACCACAAAUACCAGUUUUGCAGUGUCUCUGGUCAAGAAUUCACCAUGCUGCCUGAUUCUGAGACCCUCCAUAAUUGGGCAAGUCGCUGGGAAGGGGAGGGGAAGGCCACCACCUUUUCCCCGUCUGUCUAAUGCCCUGUCUCCAACACAGUGGAUGUCUAGUCUAGAGUUGAACUUCAGAGCUGAGAGGGGCAUUAGAAUGGACUCUCCCAGCUCUCUGUCUGGAAAUGAGGAAACCGUGGCUAGAGGGUAAAUGACGAGGCAAAAACCAGAUAGCUGGUGGUAUGGUAGAGUAUGGGGAAUACCCUGAAUUGGUCUGCUGACCUGUUUCCUGAGCUGAACACCAUAUAAUGACUUUUAUUUUAUGAAAUAAAAUCAAAGUUCUGUUUGCCUGCUAACAAAAGUUGAUCCUGUAAGCCUUUAUGUUUUCCUUUCUGCAGAAAGCUGUUUAUGAGAGCAUUGUCUUGAGUACAUUGACUUGUGGACUGCGCAUACAGCAAGCUAGGGCCCUUCAACCCCAACCACACCUAUAGAGGAGGGGCCCCCAGUGGGGAGGAGGCUGGGAAAUGGUCACAGCAGUUCUGAACAAUCAAAUCCUUCUGGCUCCAGAAGAGAAGAGAGACAGCCAGCGCAGCUUUGACAGUAUGCUUACUGGGUAUUGUAUCUUAACUCUCUGCCAUCUGUCCUUGACUUCUCCUUGGAAGGGGGUGGGGUGAGCAGGGGCCUGAGCAAUCCUGGAUAGAGCAAGCAAGAGGAACCCCUGCUUGUUUUGUGCGUUCUCUCCCCUUCCUUUGGGGGCUGGAAGAUGUCUGUAACAAGGAAGAGCAACAUGAUGAGGAAUAGUACAGAGUUUGUCCUUUGCAGUGCUUUAUUUGGAAAUCAACUUAUAGAGAAGGUGAGUCUAGAGGGAGGCUCAUGGGCCUCCUCACAGAGCAACAUUCCUUUUAGCCUUGACCCAGAGCAGUUAGGGGAGAGCAAGGACCAGCCCAGGCUCUCACUUCCAGGCCAGGGCUCCUUCCUGUAAGCCUCCUCCACAAACGAACCCCCACCCAGCCUCAGCUCCAGAACGCUGCUGAAUGCCCCUCCACAGAAACCCUUUCACUGUGGUCUGACUGAUAGUGCUCAGACUUUAGUGGCUGAGCUGAGUAAAGACAGCCAGAUAUUUAAAGUAGGAAAGUGGGAGCAGUGUGGUGGAAGAGGGUAAGCAUGGCUUCAUUAUCAGAAAGGCACCAUUGGAACUCUGCCUCAUCCCUUAACCUGUUUGAAACUCAGAGAUUCUACAUUUGUAAAACGAGGAUAACUACUGACCUAACUGUUUUGAGGGUUAAAGGAAGUAAAUAUAUAUAAUUUGGGGGCAUAUAGUAGACCCUUAAUACACAUAGUGCCAUUUCCUUCAAUCUUCUCUUAUUUUUUAUAACAUUUUAUUAAGUUUAAUAUACAUGCAGAGAAGUGUACAAGUCACGUGUUUAGUUUAUGACUUCACAGAGUGAGCACACCUGUGUAACCAGCAUUCAGAUCAAGAAACAACAUGACAUCACCCCGGAAGCCCCCUGGGAUUCCUUCCAGUCUGUCUCUCCAGUGAUCACAACUAUUGUGACUUCUGACACUGUAGAGUAGUUUUUUCUCUUCUAUUCUUUAGUUCUUCCCAAAAAAAUACAUAAAUUACAAGAUGAUUGCGUUCAAGGAAAUUAGAGUAAAGGAAAAAAGCUGAAAAAUAAGCUUAUCACACAAACUACACUACUUGAAUUCUUGUACACUUGGAGAUAAAGUACGAAUUUGACUGCCUACUGGUCAGUGUAAAGAAGAAACAAGAUCUGCUAUACAAGUCUGAAUUCCUUAAAAUAAACCUGAAGCAGCUACUCCUGGUCUUGAGAUCUGGGGAAUCUUUCCCUCCAGUGCCCCACAGAACACUGUAAAACAGCAAAUCACGCUUCUAAUGGCAUCACCAAUAACAAAUACAACUACUUGUUUUUGAUAAAGUUACUUAAUGUAGAUAUAAGCCCAAAGGGCUAGUCCAUAACAUACUUUAUCUGUAGGUG